CGGUACGGAAGGCAGUGGGAUACAUCUGAAUUACAUCGUAAUCCGCCAAUUAGACGAAGAAGAAGAAGAAGAAGACGAAGAAGGGAAAAACGACAAAGAAGAAAAGCUCUCGUGACAGCUGUUUAGAAGGUUCUCGACGCAUGCGUAUUGGAAGUUGAAACCGACAGGGCUGUUUGAGUUUAUGAAGCUAAGCUCGUCAGCAACGUCACCGGAGCAGAAACAGAGCUUCCAGAGAUGCUUUGGUUUGAAGGCUCGAUUCCUGAUGCCAUUAAUGCCGCCAAGCAACGCAAUCUGAUCUUUGUCGUUGUCAUUGCAGGCGGUGAUGAGCAGUCGGCACAGCUGAUGUCCAGCUGGGAGGAUGGAAAAGUCUCAGAGGCAGCAGAGAAAUGCUGUGUGGCCAUCAAAGUGGAUGCCAGCAGCGAUGCCUGCGUGCAGUUCUCCCAGAUCUACCCCGUGGUGUGCAUACCCUCCAGCUUCUUCAUUGGAGAGAGCGGCAUUCCUCUGGAGGUCAUCGCCGGCAGCGUGGCACCGGCAGAGCUGAUCAAGAGAAUCAACAAAGUCAACGAGUUACAGAACACUGGAAGUACAGCAGCUGUACCGGAGGUCAGGGACCCUGUGGAGCCCCGCUCACCUGCCGGUGGAGCCACAGAGCCCAGCACAGCUCCACAGGUGCCCGUCCGGUCGGCAGCAGCAACAGAGGGCCCCUCAGGCUCAACAGCCCUCCCAGCAAAUGUGUCCUCAGAGCCUUCUGACAGCUGCUCUGAGAGUGAAGAAAACCUGGAUGCUAAAGUGGAAAGGCUGACCAAGAAGCUGGAGGAGAGACGAGAGCACAAGAAGAAAGGAGAAGAGGAGGCGGAUUUAAAGAAGGAGAUGGAGCGCCGGCAGAUGGGAAAGAACGUUCAGGAUUUUAAGAGGAAACAGGAGGACGACAAGACCAAGCGCCUUCUGGAGGAGAGGAACAGGGAGAAGGCAGAAGAGAAGGCAGCCAGGGAGCGGGUCAGGCAGCAGAUUGCCAUGGACCGAGCUGAUAGAGCAGCACGCUACGCCAAAAACCAGGAGGAGGAGAAGGCUGCCAGGGAGGCCCUCACACGGGCCAGGCAGGCCGAGCAGGAGGCCAGGAAGGAGACUCUGCUCAGAGAGAGGAGUACCGUUGCACGGAUACAGUUCCGGCUCCCAGACGGUUCAUCCUUCACCAACCAGUUCCCCUCACAGACCAGACUGCAAGAGGCCUGGGACUUCGCUGUCAAGGAAGUGGGCAAUCGCUAUGGUAACUUCUCCCUGGCAACCAUGUUCCCUCGGCGAGAGUUCACAAGCGAGGACAUGAACAAGAGUCUGGUGGAGCUGGAACUGGCUCCUAGUGCUUCCAUCGUCCUGCUGCCUCAGUCCAGCAGGCCCUCCAACUCGGUGGUCCAGUCCUCUGGGGGGGGCAUCUGGGCAGCCCUGGGCUCGCUGCUCUACCCGCUGCUGGCCGUGUGGAGGUUCCUCAGCUCUUUUCUGUUUUCCACCCCGAGCCCUUCAGCAGCAGCCGCCUCCAGAGGGCCGGUCCAGCAGCCCAGCUCCUACGCCCACGCAGAGCCGUCCUCCAGCAAAGCCCAGAGAGACCCCCCCUCCAAACAGACGUUGGAAAACAGGCCCAAGGACUUCAAAAAGGACGGCAAGAUCUGCCGGCUCCGGACCCAGGAGGACAGUGAGGACGACAACAACACCUGGAAUGGGAACUCCACCCAGCAGAUGUAGAGGCUGGGCAGCAGCACCUGACCCCGCCUCCCCCCCUCCUGGGGCUGGGGGCCCCCUGCCUCCCCCCCUGGGGCCCCCAGCCUGUGUGUUUUCUCUCUCUCUGACUCUGUUUCUGGCCUACAGCCCUGCACACUGCCUGCAUGGAUAGGUUCUCUGUACCCCCCCCCCUUCAGUCUUAACAUGCUGAUUAAAACCUGAUUGACUCCUGAACCGGGCUCAGGCUGCUGAGCUAUUUAAAAAUGGGCCUCUCAUUUAGGCCCCUGUUGACAUCCUGCUAUGGGGCUGCUAGGCCCGGGAAGCCAUUCCCCACCAAUGAACGGGGGCUCAUUCUGUUUCUGCUAUUUAGUCUUAAGGGCUCAUAGCUGCUGGCAAAGGUGCAGCUGGCUGUGGCUGGGUGGUGCCCCCCCCCCCGGCUGAGGAGUGUGACUUUGUGCUCCUGCUGUAGUUCUUCUCAUUCA